AUGGAAUCAAAUGGAACGCGCAAAGGGCCGCUGCCUGGAGGUCGCCAGAGCGCGUCUGGAGCUGGCGCUGGACGCGACAGCAUGCGAACCGCCAGCCGAGCGCGAGGUGCUGCACGACCACCCAGCAGCUCCUCGCAUCCAUCAUCCCCACCAGCUGGCUUGGUGUCGGCAGGGUCUUCGCGGGCUCAGCAAUCGGCACCCGCCACUGGUGGAGUACGCCGCAUGCGUUGGACAACCCAGAUGAACAGCAACGCAUUGCGGGCGUAUUUUAGGGCGAAAGGGGGAGAAACUGGAGGUUUUGCGUAUCGGGCAAGGAUGCAUCGACUUUUUGCUGAGCUGGAGCCAUCUGUAACCGUCACCGAGCAAAACCUGGCAGACCGAGUUCGGUAUAUCUUGCGCUCAAAUACAUUUGAUGUCACCGAACUCGAACGGCUACGACGUGAGGCUGUUCCUUCAUCGGGUGAAAAUGCUGCGGCUGAAGAUGCGGCGCCACAACUUGCCGAGCAAAGGGCAAAUGUGGAUGCCGCCGUGAAUACACCAGUUGUGGUUGAUUCAAACGAUGAUGGAACAGUCGCCCAGGAACUGGAACUAGAGCAAAUGAGGAGUACAUUGGAAGAGGCGAUUGUGGAAACGCGCAGUACGACUCUCGAAAAUCGACCGCGACUUCCCCGCUUAGCCCUAAGCAAGCGGAAUCGGGCUGUCGUGAGGGCUCUGAACCCAAUGCUGGUUACCUAUUUGGAAGCCAGCCGGGACCUUUGCGAGACGGACUCAAUUCUUUUUGGCGCCGCACUGGCAGUCUGCCGUAUUAUAGGUGCCAAACUUUCCACGGCUGGACGCGCUACUGGACAAAGUAGUGCUAUCCCAGCCUGGAGAAUAAGAAUUGAAGAACGUAUCGCAAAGGCUAGGGCCCUCAUCGGCAGACUGAUAUGCUUCAGGUCAGGCAAUACCAGGCCAAGGAUUGUGCGCACCGUCAGGAUGGCGUUUGCUGGGACAAAUGUUAGUUUGUCCCAGCUGGAUAUAAUGCAAAAACUGACGGAGCGCAUAGACGACCUGAAGCAAAGAAUAGCUGCUUGGGGAAAGCGGAUUCGGCGAUAUACCGAGAGGUCGACACGGUUCAACCAGAAUCGUCUCUUCCAGAGUGAUCAGAAGAGGCUCUAUAAAUCAUUGGAGCGACCAAUAGUAAGUGGAACGGGCCCUGCACCAAAUCAGGCCGACAUGGUCGCAUUCUGGCGCAGCCUAUGGUCAGAGCCCGUAAACCACAACGAGGGCCCUUGGACGGAAGUUGUGGCGAGUCAGUGUGCGAGUAUUACGCCCAUGGACCCCGUCAUCAUAACGCCGGAUGACGUAGCUGAGGCGGUCCGUAGGGCCCCGAACUGGAAAAGUCCAGGGCUUGACGGGCUGCAUCACUACUGGCUGAAGGGGUUCAUGGUGUGUCACUCUGUGCUCGCCCGACAGUUUCAAGAGGCUCUCAACCAGAAGUCGCUCCCAAGCCUCUUCACUACUGGGAUCACUCAUUUGGUUCCUAAAGAUCAGGGUGCCACAGACCCGAGCAAAUACCGCCCCAUCACGUGCUCCUUCAGUAAACUGUUCCAAUGGACUGUGGCCAUUAACAACGACUGA